CCCAUGUCGUCUAUAUGCAUGGAUCGAUGUGGCUCAGUGAGUCUUCAGAUCUCCGCAAGCACCUAGGGUGAGAUUCUACAGGGCUGUACAACAUCCCAGGCUCCAUUUUUGGGCAAAUGACGCCCAAACUUGUUUGGCUUUUCAUCUCAUCCAGAUGAACAUACACGUGCUAGACUUCAUAACUAAGGCUUGGCAUCCGCGCUUGUUUCUCAUCGUCUGCUUUCACCUGGUAUUGGGUGGUGUUCCCGGUCCAUGCCGACACUCAAUAACGCAGGAGCACCUGCGGAGCCUCAAUCGCCUGAUUGACAAUCAAUUGGACCAUGGCUGUUUAAUAAUCUAUCAGUUUACUGAACAUUUGAAUUUGAGUAAAAUCUGUUAUGUCAAAGCAGCGCUCCCACAAGUACCUGAGCUUCUGAGAACGCAUUUCCAUUACAGUAGGAAUUCAGACAAUGGAAGAUAUGUCAACAGUGUGGAAAAGGCCAUCUACCACCUUUACUCCCAAGGAUGUAUAUCUGAAAUAAAUGAAGAGAUUGAGGACAGUCCCUCAAGGUUAUUGAAGAUGGUAGAAAGCUCACCAAGGGAGGCGCUGAAAAAAGCCCAACAUGUGAUCCGGAUGUAUGUGAAAUUGAUGACAUUAAGCACUUGUCCUGUGGACUGGAAUUGUCAAUCGGAAUAUUCUGCUGGAGAAGAUUUAAAUGCCACUCAAUUUACACCUACCAACACCUCAGGUGAAGCAGAAGGAGGCCACAAAGAAAGCCCGUCUCCUCCAAUAGCCGGUCAAUACUAGGGAACCGAAGCAAUGAACAAUAAACGCUAUUAAAUUCA